CCUCUUCCCUUGCUGCUCUAUAAUGAAUUCUCUUAUCUUCAGAACUUCUUCCACCAGGCUCACUGCUCUUGCUUCCAUCACCGCCUGCAACUCCCUCAGGCUCCUUAUUCCUUCAUCUUCACCACCUACUGUCACUCUUUCUUCCAACAAAUCUCAAUUUCACAUCGCUCUUUCCUUUAGGGUUUUGAGGAGGAAUGUCCACGCUUCCCGAUGGGUGGCUGUUAGCUCUUCCACUCUCUUCAAACAGUCUGCCGGAUUUGCUGUUGCAUACGACGAAGACUCUUCUUCGUCUUCAGAUGGCCUUGACGUAUCUAAACUUGGGAUUUCUCAACACAUUGUUACUGCUCUAGCCAAGAAGGGUAUAACCAACCUCUUUCCAAUUCAGAGAGCUGUGCUGGAGCCAGCAAUGCAGGGGCGCGAUAUGAUUGGUCGUGCUAGGACGGGGACAGGGAAAACACUUGCUUUUGGUAUUCCUAUCAUGGAUAACAUUAUUCGAUACAAUGAAAAGAAUGGAAAGGGGAGAAACCCGCUAGCCAUUGUCCUGGCUCCUACCAGAGAACUUGCUCGCCAAGUAGAAAAAGAAUUCUAUGAGGCUGCACCAAAUCUGUAUACACUCUGCGUUUAUGGGGGUGUACCCAUCCAGCGUCAGAUGAGCACGCUUGAUCAUGGUGUUGAUGUGAUUGUAGGCACCCCCGGACGGGUGAUUGAUCUGAUUAAGAGGGGUUCUUUGAAGCUAUCGGAAGUCAAGUUUGCUGUUUUAGAUGAAGCUGAUCAGAUGCUCAAUGUGGGUUUUGCAGACGAUGUUGAAACAAUUUUUGAACAUCUGCCACGAGAGCGUCAAAGUAUGAUGUUUUCAGCAACUAUGCCAAGUUGGAUUGUAAAGCUUGUUCGCAAGCAUCUAAAGAAUCCAUUAACUAUUGAUCUUGUUGGUGAUUCUGAUCAGAAACUGGCUGAUGGAAUCACCCUAUAUUCGCUCGAAGCUGAAACGCGUGAUAAACCCUCGGUUAUUGGACCAUUGAUAGCAGAGCAUGCAAAUGGUGGUAAGUGUAUCGUUUUCACCCAAACAAAGCGUGAUGCAGAUCGAUUGUCAUAUGCCAUGCAAAAGCACUUCACUUGUGAAGCUCUGCAUGGGGAUAUCACUCAAAAUCAGAGGGAGAGAACACUCUCAGGCUUUAGAGAUGGCCGCUUCAAUGUUUUAGUAGCCACUGAUGUAGCUGCUCGUGGUCUUGAUGUACCCAAUGUUGAUCUGGUGAUACAUUAUGAGCUACCAAACGACUCAGAAAUUUUUGUUCACCGCUCUGGAAGAACAGGUCGUGCUGGAAAGAAAGGAAAAGCAAUUUUAAUCCAUUCGUCUCAUCAGUUGCGAGAUGUGAAGGGAUACGCACGGGACGUUGGAUGCAAAUUUUUAGAGCUCCCUCGAAUUGCUGUUGAUGCUAGUUCAAGAAUUGAACUGGGUAGUGGCUCUAGCUCUUCGGGUGGUAGAUUUGGUAAAUCAGGAUUUGGAGGAUCCAGUGGGUAUGGUGGUGGUCGUUUUGGUUCAAGUAGUGGCAGAUCAUCUCGAGAUUCUGGUUAUGGUGGAUCCAGUUAUGGUGGAUCAGGUGGUGGAUAUAGAGGAUCUAGCUCUGAUCGUGGUAGUGAUUUUGGCGAGCGAUCAAGUGGGUUUAGCAAGUCAAGCUCAAGCGGGUUUAAAUUUGGUUCAGAUCGAUCAAGUGGUGUGGGAGGCCGUAGAAGUGGAUUUGGUGAUCGUUUUGGGAAGGGUUAAGACAGAUUUUGUUAUUCAUGGAGCAGCAGCCGGUCUUUGAAUUAGAUGGGUGGUGGCUGGUGGUAUUAUAUCGGAAAAGGGCAAGAAUUUUGUUGUUUUUGAGUUAUAUUUUUUGUAAGCAAUUCUUUGAGAUGCUCCUGCUCUCUUGGAUAUCAAAUUUGUUCAUGUAUGCUUUUGUUUUUUGGGACUUGACAGAAAAUGAAUACAAAAUCUUGUAUACA